CAUUUGCUAACCGUGACCGACUAGUGAACAAAAAUGAGAUUGAGAACCGUGUUUUGUGGAUCUUUCCUCUUGCUAAGUGGUCUGUUGGCCAUCGCCGAUGGCUACAACAUACUGCUGUUAGUGCCGUUCCCUGGUCUUAGCCAUUGGCUCAUGUUGAAGCAUUUCAUUCGAGAACUGACUGACCGGCAGCACGAAAUAACCUGCAUCACUGGUUUUCCAUACGGUGAACCGUUAGAGCAUUAUCAUGAAGUACUUAUCGAUCCUCCCUAUCCGAUUCGGGAAACUUUUCCUGUUGAGAGUCUGUUUGCGGCAAACCAAACGAGCGACUUCGUAAAGCUGGACAUGUACUGGGAAAUGGGCAUCAACACUAGCAAAUAUGGUUUAGAAUCAAAAAAUGUCCGCGAUUUUAUACGGCGCGAUGAUCUCCACUUCGACCUGAUCCUCGCUGAGCAGUUCUUUCAGGAAAGCUGGCUAAUGUUUGCUCAUAAGUACAACGCUCCGAUCGUAACGAUAAGCACGUACGGGUAUUCUGAUUUUUUCGAUCGCAUCAUGGGCACGCAAACGCCCUGGUCCUUUGUGCCUCACAUGGUACUUUCGUUCGACGAUGAUAUGUCCUACGCAGAUCGGAUGUAUAAUGCGAUAGUGUCGUUGACAGACUAUGCAUACCGUUAUUUCUGGUACUUACCAGAACAGGACACCAUAGCGCAAGAAGCAUUCGGGUAUCUCGCUAGGACCAAAGGACCACUACCAAGCGUGUACGAGCUAGAGCAAUCCAUUUCGGUAAUUCUGGUUAACCAUCACCCGAUUCUUAGUACACCGCGCCCGACGAUUCGUGGCCUCGUAGACAUCGCUGGAGCACACAUUCGAAGCCCUAAACCCCUGCCGGACGACUUGCAAAAGUUUAUGGACGAAGCACAGCACGGUGUAAUUUACUUCUCGCUUGGAGCUUACAUGCAAAGUGCGCAAAUGCCGAUCGAGAAACGAAACGCCAUUCUCAAAGUGUUCGGGUCGCUACAGCAACGUGUCAUCUGGAAGUUUGAAGACGAUAGCUUUCAGGCUACCGUUCCACCGAAUGUGAUGAUACGCAAGUGGGCACCACAGAACGACAUUCUGGCGCAUCGCAAUACGGUGCUGUUCAUUGCGCACGGUGGCCAGUUUGGUACGUUUGAGGCGAUGCACCAUGGUGUGCCGACGUUGUUCAUGCCAUUUUUCGGUGACCAGGAUCGGAACGCGGAUCGUGCGAUAAAGAAGGGAUUCGCAGAGAAAAUGAUGUUUACGGACAUCACCGAGGAAACGUUCGGCAAUAACGUGCGAGCUAUGACGAAGGAUAAAUCAUACUACGAUAACGCGAAGCAUGUUUCUAAGCUAUUCCAAAAUAGGCUCGUUGAUCCUAUGCAAGAGUCUAUCUUCUGGAUCGAAUACGUAGCGCAUUACAAGGGAGCACCGCAUCUGAAAUCGAAAUCGACCCAACUUUACUGGUUCCAGCACCUCAUGCUAGACGUGCUAAUUGUGCCACUGUUUUUGAUAGCGUUCAUUUGUAUACCGAAAAAUAGGUUUACUCGCCAAAAACGCAGGCGAUAG